AUGAAUGCGAAACAGUUUCGGGUGGCGGCCAAGGCGGCCAUCGAUGAGAUUGCCAACUACUAUGACAACAUCUCUGAUCAUCGAGUUGUCGCUGAUGUUGAGCCCGGCUACCUGAGACCGCUUCUUCCUGCCUCAGCGCCUCUUGAUCCCGAGCCAUGGGAGUCGAUUCAGUCCGAUAUCCAGUCCAAGAUCCUGCCUGGAAUCACGCACUGGCAGUCUCCCGGAUUCAUGGCCUUCUUCCCCUGCUCGAGCAGUUACCCUGCCGCCAUUGCUGAGAUGUAUUCUAAUGCCUUCAACGGUGCUCACUUCAACUGGAUCUGCUCCCCUGCGGUAACUGAGUUGGAGACGAUUGUGAUGGAUUGGUUGGCCCAGGCUUUGGGACUGCCUGAAUGCUUCCUGAGUGGCGGACCGACUCACGGCGGUGGCGUGCUUCACGGAAGCGCGAGCGAGGCUAUUCUGACGGUCAUGGUUGCCGCUAGGGACAAGUACCUGAACGAGGCAACGGCUCAUCUGCCUGAGGGUGAGGAGAAGGAGGAGGAAACCUGGAGACUCCGCAGCAAGCUGGUUGCUCUGGGAAGUGCAGGUGCACACUCGAGCACCAAGAAGGCCGCACAAGUCUUGGGAGUGCGCUUCGCCACGGUGCCGGUGUCAGAAGAGAAUGGCUUUUCCAUGACGGGUGAAGCUCUGACAAAGACGCUCGAUGAGCUCAAGGCAAAGGGCCUCGAGCCGUUCUACUUGACAGCCACGCUAGGAACGACAGACGUCUGCGCUGUCGACGACUUUCCCAGCAUCGCCGAGGCCCUGGCUCCGAGAGCCGGAAAGCCUGGCGAGGUCUGGGUCCACGUCGAUGCAGCCUAUGCCGGUGCCGCGCUGCUCCUCGACGAGAACAAGCCCCUGGCGAAGCCCAUGGCUGAUUUCCACUCCUUCAACUACAACCCCCACAAGUGGAUGCUCACGACGUUUGAUUGCUCCGCGGUCUGGGUUCGCGCUCGUGGCCAUCUCAUCAAUGCGCUUAGCAUCAAGCCCCCCUACCUGCGGAACCAGUACAGCGACAACGAACUUGUCACCGAUUACCGCGACUGGCAGAUCCCCCUGGGCCGACGAUUCCGCUCCUUGAAGCUGUGGUUCGUCCUCCGCAGCUACGGCAUCCGCGGCCUGCAAGCGCACAUUCAGAACGGCGUCACGCAGGGCGAGUCUCUGGAGGCUAAGUUCGUGACACGGCCUGACCUGUUCACCAUCUUCACUAAGGCGCGGUUUGGCCUGGUGUCGUUCCGGGCCAAGGGCGAUGGCGAGGACCAGAUCAACAGCCGGACGGAGAAGCUGUAUGAGGCGAUCAAUGCGAGCGGCCAGUUUUACUUGACGAGCACGGUGGUGAAUGGUCACUUUGCGAUUAGAGUGUGUACGGGAGUGGCGGCGAUCAGGGAGGAGCAUGUGCAGAAGCUGUUUGACUUGUUGGUUGAGACGAUUGAGGCGCAGUUGAAGCUGGAGUAGAUUUUGCAGAGGGGAGGGGAAUGAUUUAGACACGAGUAUAUAGGCGUUGAUACUUUUAGAUGAAUAUAUAGACUAUAUAUAUAUGUCCUCAUGCAAGACCUCGUAUUUGUGUUGGUAUCGUAUAUCAUAGUAUCCUUCAUAAUGUCAUAAUAGAAAAAGCAAGACUCCCACCAAGAGCAAAGCAAAACACUAUAACGUUUAUUCCCAUUCAAUGUUGAAUAUAAUCCUUCUUCUGCCUCCUAACAAGCGACCUCUCCACACUGAAAAGCGCCGCCGCCCCCAUCAAUCCCAGCACCAUCCCCUGCGUCCAGUCAAACCCCCCGCACUCCUUUUCCUUGGACAGCCGCUCCCGCCUCGCAUCUGGAUCGGCCUGCGAGGGUCGAUAAUCUGAUGGUAUGGCUCGUUCCCAGAUGCCUCUGGUGCGUUGCUUGAUAGUGUUGUUGCUGCUGUUGCUGCUACCGCCGCUGUUUUUUCUGUCAUCUCUGUUUCGAUCGUGGGAGUAGCUGCGCCGAGAGUCCUUUGUAUUUGUGGAAUGAGCGUCUCGAAAAUGUCUUUCGUUUCUGUCGCGGUGGCGAUGAUCCCUGCUUCGUGGAUAGUCGCCAUAGCUGUGGUGGUUUGUGCUAUUCCUCCGAGAAGAAUAGCUACUGAUGCUGUUGUUGCUGUCGCUGUUGCUGUAGCUGGACUUGUAGCUUGAUCCGACUUCGGGAUAAAGACUGCUGGGAUAAUCUCGUCUUGAGGAGGGCAUUUGCACUUAUAUGCACUUAUAUCGGGAUAGAUAGAGACAAGAGGUUAUAAAAGAGUAAAGUUCUUCAUAACU